AAUGAUGCUACCUGAUGCAGCAAAGUAUCACUUUCCUUGGGAGGUAAACUUGGCAUCGGUCCCUGAAGGGAAGACUCUCAGAACAUUUGGCAGGUUACACUCCUAUGAUUUGGUCAGCUCCAAAGCCAUUUUAACAGCUCAGCACAGUUCAGUUCAGCACCACAUCUCCGUCUGUACCAAGUUUGUGGAACCAUUCCAGGCCCAGCUUGGGUCUCUGUACAUUGUCCUGGGGGAAACUGAACUUGGGGAUGAGACCAUUAAGUUGGUCCUGAAGGCCCGAGUGUUUACAUGUGUGGAAGGAAUAAACCUACCAAUGUUGGAGAAGGCCAUAUUGGAACAGAGAAAAUAUUUCCAGGAGAGAGAGAAGUAACUGGAGGGAAGCAAUUCCUAGUUCAGUGCU